UUCCACUUGAUCCUCCUUCUCUCCUUCCUCCUAUAAUCCCAAAACAAAACCCAUCUCUCAAACUCCUCCUCAAACCUCUCUCUCUCUCAUCUCCGAUCAGAGCUCAGGCAAAUGGCGGCAACAAUGGCGACAUCAGCCAAAUGCAUGUCAUCUCCUCCUAAACCCCUAAACCAAACCAAACCCAUCUCUUCCAAACCCUUCAUCUCCCUCCCAACCCCACCAAAACCCACCGUCUCUCUCGCCGUCACAAGCACCGCCCUCGCCGGCGCCGUCUUCUCCGCCCUCAGCUACUCCGAACCCGCUUUCGCCGCCCACCAGAUCGCUAACCUCGCCGCGGCCGCCGCCGUGGAAGGCAGCGACAACCGUGGCUUAGCUCUCCUCCUCCCGAUCGUCCCGGCCAUCGGAUGGGUCCUCUUCAACAUCCUCCAGCCUGCUCUUAACCAGGUCAACAAGAUGCGCGAGAGCAGAGGAGUCGUCGUUGGUCUUGGCAUCGGCGGUGGUCUCGCCGCGUCCGGGCUUUUGACUUCGCCGCCUGAGGCAUCGGCGAGUGUGGCUAACGAGAUGGCGGCGGUGGCGGAAGCUGCGGCGAAAGUUGGAGACAACAGGGGACAGUUGUUGUUGUUUGUGGUUGCUCCGGCUCUGCUUUGGGUUCUUUACAAUAUAUUGCAGCCUGCUUUGAACCAACUCAACAAAAUGAGGUCUAAAUAAAAAAUAAAACUUUUUAUAUUAUCUUUGUUGGGAUUCAAAUGUAAGAUUAAUCCUUUGUUUUAUGGACAGUUUUAUGUUUAAAUUUUGGGACAAUUAUCAUCCUUGUUUGAUCUCGUCUGCUACUACUAUAUACUCCGAUUUUUAACUGUAACUAGGUUGCGCUUAUAAGAUCAUUUGUCCCUA